GCACGCGCAAGUCACCUAGAGACACUUAUCGGCGCGAGCACGCUUCUCCUCCAUCUCCCGAAAUCUCUUGAGAUACAGCCCGGGCUCCUUGCAGUUCAAGAUGAUAAUACUUUUCUUAGCGAUAUUUGCGAACGUUUUCAAGACCGGAUGGACUGGUGUGAAUGAGCGCACGUUCAUUGCAGUGAAGCCGGACGGUGUUCAGCGCAGACUGGUGGGCGAGAUCAUCCGCCGCUUUGAACGCAAAGGCUUCAAACUGGUUGGCAUGAAGCUUCUGCAGGCAUCUGAGGAGCAGCUCAGACAGCACUACUGGGACCUGAGGGAGAAACCUUUCUACAGUGGCUUGGUCAAAUACAUGAGCUCUGGACCUAUCGUUGCUAUGGUAUGGCAGGGGCUGGAUGUGGUGAAGACCUCCAGAAAGAUGCUUGGAGAGACAAACCCAGCAGACUCUCUCCCUGGGACUAUCAGAGGAGAUUACUGCGUGGAAGUGGGCAGGAAUGUCAUCCAUGGCAGUGAUUCAGUUGAAAGUGCUCAGAGAGAGAUCUCGCUGUGGUUCAAGCAACAUGAAUUGCUCUGCUGGGAUGAGUGCAGUCAGCACUUGAUCUAUGCUUGAAAGCCAUCUUGUCCACACACAUCGUAAC